UUAAAUAACAAAGCACUACCCCGAUUAAUCACGCUACUACGAGUAUCGUAGACAUUCCAAAAGUACACGCAGUCGCCAGUGUAAUAGAUGUUUCUAAGCUCUUUGGUGAGCAAUCGGACUCUUUUGCGGGCUACGCAAUCGCUUUGUUAUGCAAAAGAUAAUCUCUAUCGCCAUUAGUUAGUAGUGGCAUUUUCUCGGUUAUUACUAAUACGCCUACUGCUUUUUAACUCCAAAAUGUUGAUGCUGAAUGGAGAGAAGUUUGGGUGGUGUGGAUAUUUGGUGCUAAUUUCUUUGGUUCCACUGAGUCUUUUUAGUCCGUUUACGGAUGCAGCUGACCGAAUUGGGAACUUUUACAAAAUCGAAGUCAACUUCACAAGGUUUGAGAAUCCCGACGGCUUAACACGAGGCGGAUACCCAUGUGAUCACCUAUCAAAGUGUGACCCGCACAUUUAUGCUUAUAUUGACAUCAUAUCUCCAACGGCCAAAUUUCCCGGUCCAUCCCGUCAAAACACAUCGCAUUACAGCUACGUAACGGGACAAACGGAUAAAAAUGUUGCGGAUUUCACUGAAGGAAAUAAUGGAAUAGUGCACAUUAUAUGCCAAGUUGGACAAUCAGGACAUGUAUUACCAAAGAUGGUGAAUGCGCGGGUGGAAGUACGCGAUAAGGAUCCGCUUACACCGGAUGACAUAAUUGAGCAAUUCGACUGUAUUUUCCCAUUUUCUGUAUCCCGAGACUUUAAUGGCGGAUGGUCAAGUGUCCGUGAGUGCUCCGGAGUGGGUCAUAUUAAAGAUAAAUUUAAAUUAUUCUAUCGAUGGAGAGUUCGUCCCAUAUACUCCACCCAAUGCUACGCUCCGCUCUGACAACCACAUUUCACGAAAAAUGUGGAGCUUUGAUAUCAUGGUAUCUUAAGUAAACAUAAGAGCUGAUUGUAUUAAUUAAUAGUCUAAUUUAUUUGAUUCUCAGUGUGAAUUUCUAAAUAUUCUUGUGUGGUUUGUAAACCUCUUGUUUUUGCAGUGGAGAUCAUGUACAAUACGCUUUUGAUAAUAAAUAAUCAUGCAAACGUUAGCACGUAAAAACUUAAUUAGGCGAAAUGCUGCAAA